AUGCCCCCUGGCACGACGCCGAUGGCCACUGACUUUCGCCCGGUCGCCAGGCUCCUCCGCGACCAUGCGCACAUCGUGCGCAUCUACGGGUACGGCGACCAGCCGCCGGCCAUGGUGAUGGAACGCCCCCAGGCCGACCUGGGGACCCUGCUCCAGUCGGACAUCGCCCUUUCGCUGCACACCCGCCUGGACGUGUGCCAGCAGUGGGCCUCCGGGCUGGAGGCCAUGCACGCCAAUGGCGUGGCCCAUUGCGACCUGAAGCCGGCCAAUGUGCUCGUCAGCCAGAGCCCCGACGGGGCGUCCUGGCGCGUGGCCCUCGGCGACUUGGGGACCUCGCGCAAUCUCAACCCCGACCGGGCCUCGGCCCUGGUGGCCGGGGCGCCGGAGCUCAACGCCAUGACCGCCCGGUAUGCCGCGCCGGAGGUGAUCGCCGCCUUCCGCCGCAAGCGCCCCCUGGACACCGGGGCCCUGCUCCCGGCGGGUGUCUACAGCGCGGCGCUCCUGCUGUGGGAGUGCCUUUCCCGCACCGCCCCCUGGCAGGGCUGCUCCUUCGAGCAGAUCACCGAGAGCGUGGUGCGCGGCGACCGGCCAGACGUCCAGGCGGCCGCCGCGCCCAUUGCCCAGGCCAGUGCCCCCCUUGCGCAGACCCUGCUCGACGUGCUGCCUCGCCUGUGGUGCCCGGAGCCGCGCGGCCGGCCUCCGGCCGCCAGCCUCCGCCAGCAGGUGGCCACCCUGGCUGCCAUGCUGCCAGCCGGGGGCUGGCGCCCAUUGUUCAUGCAUGCGCCGUCGCCAAUGCCGGACCCCGGGGAGCGGGCCCGCCGCGGAGCCGGCGGAAAGGGGCACUAG